UUUUCGAUUUUUGCGCAACUUGUUUGUAUCAUUUCUUGAUAUAGUUUGAGAUAUUUAAGAUGAAAAUGUGCGACAUUUAGAUUAUGAAUCAUAUCUGAAUCUUGAUUCGAAAAAGGAUGAUAUACAAAGACAUGUCAGAAAAGAAGGAUUUAAUUUUCAUAUAUUCGGCUAUCAUCGUUUGUUUUGUUACCAAUAUAGAGGGAUGUGGAGACAUCGGGGCGUCAAGUCCGUCAGCCCAUAUCGCCACGACUGGAGCACAAAAUGACCAAACGUUUUUCGUUGAGAGUUCGACGUCGACGUGUUGCGGACUUCUAACCACGUGGAAAUUCUACGCUAGUUCCGCCGGUGACGUCACAGUUCACCAGUGGCGUCAGUCAACCACGACGACCAGUAACUAUGAGUUGAUCUCCAAGCAGACGGUCACGGCGGCUGUUGGUUUGAAUGCGUUCAGUCCCGCCACACCAGUUCUUAUUGAGAUGGGUGAUAACAUCGGAUGGGCGACUACGGGUGCAGAGCUUAUACCGUCAAGCGUCACCCCAGGAAGUACCACACAGAACCAGCAGCUUGCGGCGGGUACGCCCGCCGUGGGGGUGGAGAUUCCCUGGUCACUUACCCAGGAUACUACCAACACGUACGCGUUCGGUGCCGUCAUAACAAGUAACGAAGUCCCGGCGGUGGCAACUGAUUCCGUCACCAUAACGAACAGUAUGACGUCACAAUCUAUUUUCACCAUUGACGUCACGGACACCGACACAGCAGACCUCCUAGAUGCCGAUACAGGCUUAACAGUGACCAAGGCUUCCGGAAGUAGUGAUUUCUCUGUAGUUACCACGGCAACUGGUUUCGACAUAGAGAGUGGGUCUAGCCUAACCUCUGGGACUUAUCCAGUUGUGGUACAGGCCACAGACAGGUGUGGGGACACAGCUACGGCGACCAUUACUGUUAUCGUCGGCAACACAAUUCCUGUCUUCGCCACAACUCCCAUGCAGACAAAUCAUCCUACGUCAAUAAGUGACGUCACAACUGCAGCUACGUCACUGUAUACCUUUAGCGUGACGGACACAGACACGAUAACAUGCAGCGUGGACAAUACCAAGUUUGAAAUACAGACCGUUGGGACAAAUUUCCAGCUUAACCUGAAGGCGGGGUCGUCAACAACGUUAAACCACGACACGACACCGAGCGAGACGAUGACGAUUACGUGCACAGACGGCAGCGACUCCAUUACAAGUCCAUAUACAGUCAACAUUUCCGACGAGCCGCCAACGUUUACAGGACUAGGCGGAACGUCCGGCCCCAUCGGAGACCUCUCCGCCGCGGGUACCUCAAUCGUUCAGUUCACGAGCACCGACCAAGAUGACGUCGUUUCCUGUUCAGUAAAUGCACCGGAAAACGCAGUGUUUGGGGUGACUGCGGUGGACGGUGUAGCAGGAACGCAGAAGUUUGACAUUGAGACCAUAGCCGCCCUUGAUUACGAUUCUGCGACGUCAUAUACUGUAACAGUGUCGUGCUCUGAUGGCGUCAACGUUGCGACGACGUUAUCUCAGACCGUCACCAUAAACGAUGAACCACCGACGUUUACGGGUUUGCCGCUCACGCAUGCUACGUCACUAGAUGAUGGGCCACAGACUGCGACGUCACUUUACACGUUCAGCGUCACUGACGCUAACGAUCAGGCAGACAUUACUUGCACCAUACAGGCGCCGGAUGAUACGUUGUUCAGUAUAGUUAAACAAACUGCACCAGAGUUCGAGGUGUGGACACAGGCGGCCACGUUAGCAGCGGCCGACGGUCCUUACGUCCUCAAUAUAGACUGUGUAGAUGACCAAAACCCGGCAAAUACCAUAUCAUCUACCUACACUGUACCCAUCACUGAUAAGGCUCCAACAUUUGUUGCUGGAAUACCCGGAACUUCACCAAAUCUUCCUGACAAUACGUUGACGGAGACGUCACUAGGUGCUUUUACCGUGAGUGACGUCGACGUCACAUGCACUGUAGCGUCCUCGGUGUAUGAACUUCGCUCUGUUCCCUCGCCGCCCGCAGAUGCAAACCAACCAGAGUACGAGAUAUGGGUCGCUAGCUCUGUGACGGAAGCGGAUAUCGAUUUCGACGACCAGACAGUUCCGUUGACGUUAACUAUUACGUGCACGGACGGUAACGUUGCCAAUGACAUCACUGGCAACUUUGACGUGAACAUCGUAGAUGCGGCACCCGUCCUGACCGGCCUGCCCUUCACAAUGCCUGCAGCCAGAGACGACGGUCCUCAGACCGCGGAGACGUUACACACGUUUAGCGUUACCGACGGCGACGAUCAGGCGAUAAUUGCAUGCUCCAUACAAGCCCCGGAGAACGCGUUGUUUGAAGUGGUCAAAGGCACCGAGCCGGAGUUCAACAUCAACGUACUAGCUGUGACGUUAGACGCUGCAAACAACCCUUACGUCAUCAAUGUCGACUGUGUCGACGACUCAGCUAACACAGUGAGCGGCACAUUAACCGUUCCCGUGCAAGACAAGGCUCCGACAUUUAUUGCUGGUAUUCCCGGAACGUUUUCACCUCUCUCUGACGACACAGUUGUAGAGACGUCACUAGGCGCGUUCACUGUAAGUGACGUCGACGUCACGUGCAGUAUUACGUCACCAGCACCGCCGUCAGUGUAUGAACUACGUGACGUGGCAGCACCCGCAGAUGCGACCCAGCCAGAAUUUGAGGUAUGGGUCGGUAGCUCAGUGACGGAGGCUGAUAUAGAUUUCAACGACCAGUCUACGGUGGCGUUAACUAUUACGUGCACGGACGGCAACGUCAUUAACGACAUUACAGGAACCUUUACCGUGACCAUCACAGAUGCUGACCCGGUAUUGUCAGGAUUCCCCACAACGCCCUACCAGACACUGCCGGACACAGAACCUACCGAACUACAGCUCGCGACAUUCAACAUGGCCGACUCUGAUGACGUCAUCACCUGUCAGGUAGACCCAGGAUCAGCCGAAGCCACGAGUUUUGAAGUUCGAGCUGGGACUCCUCCAGAAUUUCAGAUUUGGUUCAAGGGAACACCACCUGCCAAUCUCAAUUUUGACGUCAGCCCGUCCCAUAAUCUUACUAUAGUUUGUGACGACGGUAAUGUCUUCACACAGACAGAGACGUACACUGUGGAACUUGAAAAUAAACCUCCGGAAUUCACGAACCUACCACCAGCAACUAACCCAUCCAUUGCUGAGUCUGUAACCACAAAGACACUGCUGUACACACUCACAGUGUCGGACAAUACAGUACCAGUCUGUUACCUCAGUGACACAGCUUUAGCAGCCGGGAUGUUACCUCUUGAACAGGGAACGGUGGCUUUACCAUUAACUGAGUACCAUGUAUACGCACAUAAUCCGGACUCGUUUGAUUUUGAGAGCAGUUCCGGUUCCGUCACCGUGGAUGUCACGUGCGGGGAUUCCGAAUCAAUAAUAGGAGGCAACUUUGUUGUUGACAUCACUAAUGAGGCACCAGUUAUUACCAAUGGAGGUGGAAGUGGCACGGUAGCGGAAAGCAAUACGGGAACGAAAACGUUCAAGAAGCUCAGCUUUGAAAGGUUCGACGCUAAUGAUGCCGAUUGUACCAUGACAGACAACGAUGGGGGUCCUUUUGACGUCAUUGGCAAUACUAUCGUGAAAACUGCUGGAGACCUAGAUUACGAAACCAAGACAACGUAUAACCUCGGAAUAACAUGUAGCGAUGGACUACUUUCGACAACAGAUUCAUACACCGUCAAUGUAGAAAAUGAGGGCCCAGAUAUCACGAACUUACAGACAGGCGUGAGCAUAAAUGAAUGGCAAUCGGACGAACUCCUUUUGAAGGAUCUAGUGUUGUCAGAGGACGCAACGGACUGUAGUCAGGUGGCGCCUGUACAAGACGAAUUCUCGAUAAAGUUUGAACCCACAACCAGUGCAUGGUCAGUAUAUUACGUAAGCGAGGGCGUGGCGGGGCGCCCUCUCAGUUACGAGACGAAUCCGGCCUACAACCUUAAAAUACAGUGUGUGGACGCCGCUGGGGCCGCUGGACCCGUGCGGACAUUGACUGUAAACGUUGUGGACAAUCAGGCGCCAACAUGUGCGAAUAUUCUUAGUUCACCAAUUACGAAGGUAUCACUUAUUGCCAAGGAUUUCGAUGCGACAAGCCUGGUGUUUUCCGCCACUGCUGAUGACUUCGAAAAUGAUGACGUCACGUUCUCGUUACCGGCAUGUGAACCAAACGAUACAUGUCCGUUUAUUAUGACACCAAAUGGCGAUAUAUACACGAAUGUUGACCUUCACUCCCAUAACCAGUCUGACUACGAGUUGUCGGUGAAGCUGGAAGAUAAGUACAACCCUAACACCCCACCAUGUACCCUUCUUAUUGAAAUUAUAGAAAUUAACACGGUUCCAAACAUCACGAAUCUACCUCUUUUGGACGUUGUUGCCGUAUAUGAAAAUAACCCGGCAGGGGUCGUAUAUGACGUCGAUCACGAGGACCCAGAUACCGAUGACGUCAUCACUUAUUACUGUGAUUUUUUGGACGGAGGAGAAGAAUACUUUGAGUGUAAUUCAUUAACCGGAGAAAUCAGCACGAAGCAGAGUAUAAACUUUGAGGAAGUGACGGUUCGUGAAUACGAGGUAGACGUGCACGUCAAUGAUGGUUACGCCGACUCAACGGUAGAGACGCUGACUUUACACAUCAGUGACGUCAACGAACAGCCGACCUUCCAGACGGGUAGUUGGACCAUAACAAAACCGGAUGAAGGAGGGCCUGGAGAACAAAUUGACUGCCCAGCUUUCAAGGAGGAUAUUAUGGACGAGGACAUAAAUGACGUACACACCUACAAAAUGUCCUGUCCGGGAGGGGCCGGUGUGUUUGUUAUGGACCCGCUGACCGCAUGUGUGACCAUGACAAAAGAGUGGGACCUGGAUACGGCUCCCAGGCGUGGAGGGACCGGUACUAUUGUCUGCACGGUGACGGCUACAGACAGGCGUGGGCUUGAAACAACCACAACUCUGAAUAUCGUGAUCAACGAGGAGGACGACAACAAGCCGUACCUUGACCAGACGUCAUACGUCUUCUGCGCUGCAACUGGCUCAACUGGGGGUACGCUGGAGACCGUCUCCGCCUCUGAUAAUGACGUACUAGAUGCUAACAAGGAACAUACGUUUGAGUUCACAGGAAGCGGACCAUUUUCUGCCAAUGGGGACGGACUCCUUUCCCACGGUGAUGUUAGCAGUUAUGCAAAGGGUACAACGUUUGAAACAACACUGAGAGUCACAGAUGCAGCCGGCCAUUCCGAUGAAUCGCCUGUUACUAUUAUUAUUUGCGACCCUGUGCCGUCACAGUCAAGCUCUAGUUCAUCAAGUUCAUCAUCCUCUUCUACAUCCGGAUCUUCGGAGAAUUUCCUCUUCUGGUUAAUCCCCGCCAUUUUGUUGGGUGCACUCUUGCUCGGGCUUCUGGCGUUCCUGUUGCGAAAAUGUUGUCUUGCGGGACGUUGUGGUUCCUGUUACCGCUCUUACCCUAAAGCCAUACGCACUGUACGCGCCGCCCGCCCUGUGCAAGUCGUGCGCCAGCCCGUGAAAACAGUCCGCCCGGUGACGAGGCCCGUCCAGAUAAUUGAAGAAAAGCCGCCAGUCAGAGUAGCCUCGCCCCCGCGUGAAAAAGGAACUAUUGCGCCAUUGGAACUGCCGAUCACACAUUUCCAUGCACGAGACAUAGGCAACCUUGGUGGCAGAUAUCCGAUGUCGUAGUCAUAUUUUCAGAGCUGCUCUUCAGUUUUUUUAAACAGAUUCACUACAGUUUUCAAAGAGAUUCACUUUAGUUUUCAUUAAGAUGCACUACAGUUUUCGGAAAAGAGAUUCACAACAGUUUUCAGAGAGAUUCACUACAGUUUUCAAACAGAUUCACUGCAGUUUUCAAAGAAAUUCACUUCAGUUUUCAAACAGAUUCACUGCAGUUUUCAAACGGAUUCACUACAGUUUUCAAACAGAUUCAAUACAGUUUUCAAAUGAAUUCACUUCAGUUUUCAAACGGAUUCACUGCAGUUUUCAAACGGAUUCAGUGCAGUUUGCAAACGGAUUCAGUACAGUUUUCAAAUGGAUUCAAUGCAGUUUUCAAACGGAUUCACUGCAGUUUUCAAACGGAUUCAGUUCAGUUGCCCUGACAAUACAUUCUUAUAAAGAUCGAAUUUGAUUAUUCAAAGUAUUUGUGAUAUAUUCGAGGGACUUGUGAAUGUUUGCUUAGUUUAUGAUGCUCCCAUAGGCUUUUAGGCGUGGUAUAGAUUUCUUUUAAGAUUUCUUUUUUUAUACUUAUGUGUCUGAAAACCUUUUGUAAAUUGUUGGCAGUUUUUGAUAUCUGUUCAGAUAUACAAUAAUGGAAUAUGCCUUUAUUAUAACUUUAAUAAGCAAAACAAAGAACAUUAGUUUGAUAGACAUGCAUGUAUUCAAAUGUCUCAAGUGGUUAUCAAAAAUAAUGCUUACCAUAGUCCAUAGCGGCUGAGUAUGUCGUCAAAAUUUCGAAUUUAAUCGUUGUUCAAUUAUUCAACGUUCGUAACUUAAAAAAACAACGUUGUUGACAACUUCGAGAAAUGCUUUGUUGCUCAGGUACUACAACUCAUUUUUAAUAAACUCUUGCCAUAUA